GCGUGAUUUUCGCUGUGUCUGUAUGUGAAACCGUGCGAGAGAGGGGCUACAGAAAAGAUUUAGGAAUCCGUCUGCUGGGUUAAAGCUGUGCUGCUGCCUAAAUAAUGGCCUAGUGCUUUGACACAUGCCUGGACUGGACUGUGGUUAAAGACGUCACACCUGCCCCCGCACCUGACCUGCCCUGUCAACAGCUUCAGCUGACUCUUGCAGCUUGAGCAGGAUGGAGGCCUCCUUUGGGCCGACCUUCUCAUCUGUGGCCACUGGAGCUAAAGCUGAAGGAAACAGCAGCUUUAAGCAGCACAGAAGGACCCCCUCUUCCUCCAGCACUCUGACUUACUCGCCACGCGAUGAUGACGAUGGCAUGCCCCCUAUCGGCACUCCUCGACGAUCUGACUCAGCCAUCUCCGUGCGGUCGCUCCACUCUGAGUCCAAUAUGUCUCUGCGCUCCACCUUCUCUCUGCAUGAGGAGGAAGAGGACACGGAACCACAAGUGUUUGCUGAGCCUCCUUCAGUCAAACUAUGUUGCCAGUUGUGUUGCAAUGUCUUCAAGGACCCAGUCAUCACAACCUGUGGGCAUACCUUCUGCAGACGAUGUGCCUUGACUUCAGACAAGUGCCCAGUGGACGCGGCUAAGCUAACCGUGGUGGUGAACAACAUUGCAGUGGCAGAGCAGAUCGGGGAACUGUUCAUUCACUGUAAAUAUGGCUGCAGAGCAACAGGCAGCACAGCCGGACCUGUUGCCGGGAAACCUACUGGAGCCUUUGAGGUGGACCCCCUGGGCUGUCCAUUCACUAUCAAACUGACAACACGCAAAGAACAUGAGUCCAGUUGUGACUACCGGCCGGUGCGCUGUCCCAACAACCCGUCGUGCCCCCCUCUGCUCACCAUGAACCUGGAGGCCCACCUCAAAGAGUGUGAGCACAUCAAAUGCCCCCACUCCAAAUAUGGCUGCACGUUCAUUGGGAACCAGGACACCUAUGAAACCCACCUGGAGGUAUGCAAGUUUGAAGGACUAAAGGAGUUCCUGCAGCAGACAGAUGACAGGUUUCAUGAGAUGCAGUUGACCCUUGCUCAGAAGGAUCAGGACAUUGCCUUCCUGCGCUCCAUGCUGGGAAAACUGUCCGAGAAACUAGACCAGCUGGAGAAAAAUCUGGAGCUCAAGUUUGAUGUGUUGGACGAGAACCAGAGCAAGCUAAGUGAGGACCUGAUGGAGUUCCGCAGGGAUGCUUCCAUGCUCAAUGAUGAACUCUCCCACAUCAAUGCCAGACUUAAUAUGGGAAUACUGGGCUCAUAUGACCCUCAGCAAAUCUUCAAAUGUAAGGGUACAUUUGUGGGGCACCAGGGUCCAGUUUGGUGUCUUUGUGUCUACUCCACUGGAGACCUGCUCUUCUCAGGCUCCUCUGAUAAGACCAUCAAGGUCUGGGACACGUGCACGACUUACAAGUGUCAGAAAACUCUAGAGGGGCAUGAUGGCAUUGUGCUGGCUCUGUGCAUCCAGGGAAACCGCCUGUACAGUGGUUCCGCUGACUGCACCAUCAUUGUGUGGGACAUCCAGACUUUGCAGAAGGUGAACACUAUCCGCGCCCAUGACAACCCUGUGUGUACACUGGUUUCCUCUCACAACAUGCUGUUCAGCGGCUCACUCAAGGCCAUUAAGGUGUGGGACAUCGUGGUCACUGAGUUGAAGCUGAAGAAGGAGCUGACUGGUUUGAAUCACUGGGUCCGAGCUCUGGUGGCCUCACAGAACCAUCUGUACAGCGGCUCCUACCAGACUAUUAAGAUCUGGGACAUUCGCUCUCUGGAGUGUGUGCAUGUCCUCCAGACCAGCGGGGGCAGUGUCUACUCGAUUGCUGUCACCAACCACCACAUAGUCUGCGGCACCUACGAGAACCUCAUUCAUGUGUGGGACAUUGAGUCAAAAGAACAGGUGCGCACUCUGACGGGACAUGUGGGGACAGUGUACGCUCUGGCUGUCAUCUCCACUCCAGACCAGACCAAGGUCUUCAGUGCCUCCUAUGACCGCUCACUCAGGGUGUGGAGCAUGGACAACAUGAUCUGUACCCAGACUCUGCUUAGACACCAGGGCAGUGUCACAGCGCUGGCCGUCUCUAGGGGGCGCCUCUUCUCUGGAGCUGUGGACAGCACCGUAAAGGUCUGGACAUGUUAAGAAGUCUUUAUUUACAAUGGACCUUUUUAUCAAUACCGUCAGACUCUACAGGAUCUAGCGUCCUUUGACGGUUUUCCUGCAACACGUUCACUAUUUAUAGACAUAUUGACCCCAGAGACGAGAGGUCAGGACUGAGUGAGCCGUUACCAGUGCAUUACAGUAACAGAUAAACAGAUGAACUGCCUUACCUUACAGUAUCCUACACACUCCGCCUGAAGAAGACACUUGUGAAGAGAAAGAGUCUUUUAACUAAAAAUGUCUGAAGUUUCAGUACUGUAUGUUUAAAAACUGCUUUUAGAAUCAUUGAAGAGGACACUGCUCAUUUUAAAGAAAAUUGUUACAAAAUCUGAACAUUUAAAAGGUGUUGAAGGCAUGUCUAACUGUUUGGUUAUUUCAACUCCAUACCUUGUUAGAUUUGGGUUGAGAAUGUGGAAAUUGUUCAAACUAUUGACCACAACAUUUACACAUUUUGUUCUGAAAUUCAAAAUGUGUUAAUUAAGUCCAUUCACAUAGGAUCCCAUGAUGAAUAGGGUAAUCACCAUAUGUGUGGGUGGGACAUGGAGGGACGUGCUCGAGAAAUAUAGGCUAAUAUGAUUUUUUUGUUUUUAUUAAUCAUAACACACACACAGAUUGUAAUAGCAAUAAGUGCCAACAUAUUACAACCCUGAAUGCCAGUCCUCCCAAAAUUUCUGUGAGGAAAAAAUUAUUAUCAUGUAUGAAAUCUCACUUUAUAUAGUGGCAUCAAUAAAAAAGUGACAUUUUCUAAAGUAAGUGCGAUGAGGGACAGGGUACAGAACAACCAAAAGAGGGACAGGUAAGCACUGUAAUGUCAAGGUCUGGACUGGAGGUAAAGGCUGUAUCAGACUGAUGUGUAACUUUUAUUUGUGUCCAUCUGAUUCUUGUCAAAACAGUCUUUUUAAAAUUGUGAUCAAGAUUUUAUGCAGACGUCUUAUAUUUUGUACCAGUGCCACUAUAAAAAUGUAUAAAAUAUGUGUGUAUAACAAGAGACAGUGCUGAGUUUGGGCGGUUGCCAUGAUGAUGAUGAUGACUCACUCUGGCCUAUAUAUAUAUAUAUAUAUAUAUACACACACACAGCGGGACAGCGGACAGGCUCGGGCCCCUCAUCUUAAGAGUGCCAUAUAUGUGAAUGAGCACGGCCCACCACUCCCCUCUUCUGCUAGCCUGAUCUGAUGACUGUACACACACCUGCUACAUUUAACUUGUAAGUCUUUAACCAAUCAGCGACAAGCAGGAAGAGCCCAUAUUGGGUUGGACACGAGUGGAUCAGACGCUGCAGUGAAUUUGUAAAUUUAAACAUAGCUUUUUACUGAUGUUGAUGAUGUGGUAUAGAGUUUUGGUGCACUUUGAGUCAAUUCAUAGCUUUGCGGAGGUCACAGUACAAGUAUCAUGUGUAAACCUGAGUUAUGCUUUGGUCAAUAAAACUUUUACAGUUGUUAU